AUGAGUCAUUUCGGAAGACACCUCGCGGGAGGCGCCGCAGCGAAGAGGACGCCGUGGCCUGUCCUCGCGCGGAGCCUCCGCACACGGGUCAUCUCGGAAGACACCUCGCGGGAGGCGCCGCAGCGAAGAGGACGCCGUGGCCUGUCCUCGCGCGGAGCCUCCGCACACGGGUCUCUCGGAAGACACCUCGCGGGAGGCGCCGCAGCGAAGAGGACGCCGUGGCCUGUCCUCGCGCGGAGCCUCCGCACACGGGUCAUCUCCGAAGACACCUCGCGGGAGGCGCCGCAGCGAAGAGGACGCCGUGGCCUGUCCUCGCGCGGAGCCUCCGCACACGGGUCAUCUCGGAAGACACCUCGCGGGAGGCGCCGCAGCGAAGAGGACGCCGUGGCCUGUCCUCGCGCGGAGCCUCCGCACACGGGUCAUCUCGGAAGACACCUCGCGGGAGGCGCCGCAGCGAAGAGGACGCCGUGGCCUGUCCUCGCGCGGAGCCUCCGCACACGGGUCAUCUCGGAAGACACCUCGCGGGAGGCGCCGCAGCGAAGAGGACGCCGUGGCCUGUCCUCGCGCGGAGCCUCCGCACACGGGUCAUCUCGGAAGACACCUCGCGGGAGGCGCCGCAGCGAAGAGGACGCCGUGGCCUGUCCUCGCGCGGAGCCUCCGCACACGGGUCAUCUCGGAAGACACCUCGCGGGAGGCGCCGCAGCGAAGAGGACGCCGUGGCCUGUCCUCGCGCGGAGCCUCCGCACACGGGUCAUCUCGGAAGACACCUCGCGGGAGGCGCCGCAGCAAAGAGGACGCCGUGGCCUGUCCUCGCGCGGAGCCUCCGCACACGGGUCAUCUCGGAAGACACCUCGCGGGAGGCGCCGCAGCGAAAAGGACGCCGUGGCCUGUCCUCGCGCGGAGCCUCCGCACACGGGUCAUCUCGGAAGACACCUCGCGGGAGGCGCCGCAGCGAAGAGGACGCCGUGGCCUGUCCUCGCGCGGAGCCUCCGCACACGGGUCAUCUCGGAAGACACCUCGCGGGAGGCUCCGCAGCGAAGAGGACGCCGUGGCCUGUCCUCGCGCGGAGCCUCCGCACACGGGUCAUCUCGGAAGACACCUCGCGGGAGGCGCCGCAGCGAAGAGGACGCCGUGGCCUGUCCUCGCGCGGAGCCUCCGCACACGGGUCAUCUCGGAAGACACCUCGCUGGAGGCGCCGCAGCGAAGAGGACGCCGUGGCCUGUCCUCGCGCGGAGCCUCCGCACUCGGGUCAUCUCGGAAGACACCUCGCGGGAGGCGCCGCAGCGAAGAGGACUCCGUGGCCUGUCCUCGCGCGGAGCCUCCGGACAUGAGUCAUCUCGGAAGACACCUCGCGGGAGGCGCCGCAGCGAAGAGGACGCCGUGGCCUGUCCUCGCGCGGAGCCUCCGCACACGGGUCAUCUCGGAAGACACCUCGCGGGAGGCGCCGCAGCGAAGAGGACGCCGUGGCCUGUCCUCGCGCGGAGCCUCCGCACACGGGUCAUCUCGGAAGACACCUCGCGGGAGGCGCCGCAGCGAAGAGGACUCCGUGGCCUGUCCUCGCGCGGAGCCUCCGGACAUGAGUCAUCUCGGAAGACACCUCGCGGGAGGCGCCGCAGCGAAGAGGACGCCGUGGCCUGUCCUCGCGCGGAGCCUCCGCACACGGGUCAUCUCGGAAGACACCUCGCGGGAGGCGCCGCAGCGAAGAGGACGCCGUGGCCUGUCCUCGCGCGGGUAUCUCCCACUGGACUGUUCAUUACCUCGAGCUAA